GUCCUCCUACGCUACCGGGGAAGAAAGAUCAGUCCAACACGCUUCCGCGACUUACUCUCGCUUUCCGCCUUCUCCGACUAAAACAAACUUUAUUCGUGUUCGUGAAGCAACACAAAAACUCCCAGAAAAAGCAAAAGCAAAAGCCUGAUCAGAUACCGAAAGUUCGGUAGAACUAUUCAGAAAAGAGAGAGAGAGAGAGAGAGAGAGAGAGAGAGAAGCAGAGGGAGCCAUUGAAGUUACAUUGGAGCUUCAAGCAGAGACUUGGGGUUCGUCUCUUGAUUCUGAGAUUGUGAGAUGGGUUUUAGUGCGGCUAUGUUUAUGCUCUCAACGCCACUAAAGCCAUCUCCAUCUCUCUCAGAACACAAAAGCUCGCUCCUCGUUUAUGGUAAUCGCUCUGUGAAGAAGCGCUCCUACAGAUCGAUUUUUCCGAUUGCGAGGCUUUUUGGACCUGCCAUUUUUGAAGCAUCCAAGCUGAAUGUUUUAUUCUUAGGGGUGGAUCAAAAGAAACACCCUGGUAAUCUUCCGAGAGCUUACACGCUUACCCACAGCGAUAUCACCGCUAAACUCACUCUGGCUAUCUCUCAUACGAUCAAUAGUUCCCAGUUAGAGGGGUGGUACCACAAACUCCAAAGAGAUGAAGUGGUUGCAGAGUGGAAGAAAGUGAAAGGAAAGAUGUCCCUCCAUGUUCACUGUCACAUAAGUGGAGGUCAUUUCCUGUUAGAUCUCUGUGCCAGACUUAGAUACUUCAUCUUCCGCAAGGAGCUCCCAGUGGUACUCAAGGCCUUUGUUCAUGGAGAUGGGUACCUCUUCAACAAUUACCCAGAGUUGAAGGAAGCUCUGGUUUGGGUUUAUUUCCAUUCCAACAUUCCAGAGUUCAAUCAUUUAGAAUGUUGGGGUCCACUGGAGGAUGCAACGGCACCUUCCCACGGUGAUGGUGGAGAGGUCCACCUCCACUUCCACCAGAAGCAAAGUUCUUCUCAUGGAGAUAAAAUUAGAAAGAUGUGGACUAGACCAGAGACGUGCCCAAGUAACUGUACUUGUUGCUUCCCUUCAACGAGCUUGAUCCCAUGGUCCCGUGAUUUUAGAGAGGAAAGCCACGAAAAUCAUCAAAAGUUCAAAACUUAACGCAGCAAGUGUUGGAUUGACGUUGUACGUGGUUUAAACAUCAAAGCUUAUGGAUCAGUUCUACUCUGUGUGUAAAUAAAAUAAAUUUACCAGCAGUCCAACUCCAACCCCGAAAGACCCAUCCAAUCCAAGCAUCAAGCAUGGUUGGUUAACAGCUAGGGGUCGGGAAAUUCAUCUCUUUCUAUUUGUCUUCCCUUUGUAAUUUGUAUCAGUUACUUGUAAUUGUCUCCUUUUUGUUUGUAAUUGAUUAAUACUGCACUCUGCACACGAGUUGUGUCUUCAUUUAUGGAAACAAAAAAUUGAGAUGAUGACUUA